AUGGGAAAAUCUCCACAACUGAAGAAAAUUGGCACUCCGCAAAAAGGUGUCACACAUAAGACGAAUGACAACGUACCCAAAAUUUGUGGUGAAGGAGGCAAAAGUGAUGUUGAUAUUUGCGUAUCAGAUCAAUCGCCCAUGACCCGAAGUCGUACAAGCUUGGCCUUAAUACAACAAAUUGACCCAUCCCUGAAACGCGACAACAAUCAAGAAGAUCACGCGUCUAAGAGGCCCCUGGACGAACCAGAACCUGGUGGUGCCCUUCUGAAGCGUAAAAAAGUUGUGCGAACAGCGAGACAGUCUGGCAUUGUCAAUACGCCUGAUGGUGGCUCCCGACAUUGUGCGACAGAGCUGACGAAAAAACGUCAUGAUAGAGUAGUCCUGUCUAUUCGCUCUGUUGCACGAACGUUCCCGACAUUUAGAUCAUGGAGUAACGAUACAUUGCGCGCCAGAGAACUCGAUGAGAUUGAUGCUGGAUCGUUUGGUAGGGGUUUCGUUGACCCAGACUUAUGCCUGAUCGCUGAUAGCCGACAACCGAAUAAAGUUGGUCUCAAAGCCGAUGACGAUGGUGUCGGACGCGACGAAGUUAAAAGCGUACAGACUUAUGUUCAAGAGUUUGCAUCUAAAACUCUACUGCUUGCCACAACUGGGGCCGAAAUACUACAACUAGUUGAAAGGGCGCCGCAGGUUUUGCUUGAAGAUGACAACUUCUUGAAAAUGCGAGAUGCAGCCCAGAGACUUCUCGAUGUGUAUAGCGAAGUACCUAAAGGUCACGAUGCCCAUCACGGACCGAGUCAACAACACUGCACAGAAUCGAAGAAUAGUGACGGAAUAGAUGGUAAUGACAAGGCGGCGAUCGAUGAAAUCGUUAGGGCAGCCAAACGACGGGACAAAGAACGAGCCCGUUUUAAGAGGAUGCAAGAGGAGGGUCCCAGUUAUAGUUUGGGUUUGUCAUCGGAUGAUGAUGAUGUUGCUAAUGAUACCCGUCAUCGUGUGAAUGUGGCAGAUGCGAUCCUUGGUCGUGAUAUGGGCAAACAUACAGUUGUGAUGUCACCUGUAGUAGAUGCACAAAAGGCCGGUGAUUCUGUGUUACGUGACAAGUUGACAAUUGUUGAAGAACCCGUACUGCCAACCGGAAAGUGCGAAACCAAUGUCAAGGUCAUCAGAGUACUCCGCUAA